UUUAAUAAUGGGUUUUGCCAACUCCAAGGAUACCCUCCCGUGGGUUGAGACGCCGAUUGAGAAAAAGGAAAAGCACUCUCGACGCGUAACAUCGUUAGUUCCAGAUUCUAUAAGUGGAGACUCUUACGAUUCUAACAACUCAACAGCUAUUAUUGUUAACAAGAUGCUAAACGACGCUGAACGAAAGUUAAUAUCCCCCGAUUAUAUGCAAUCCGUGGACCUAUUACAGCAAGCGACCAUAUUCGGUUCGGCAUUUGCCUCCGCCAAACUCGCUAAAUUAUAUCUCGAAGGAUUUAACUCUAUUGAAUCAAAUUACAAGAUAGCGGCUGCAUAUUACUCCAUCGCACUUAAGCUAAUAUUAAUGAUUCCACAUAAUUUAUGGGAGAU